AUGGCAAUAGUACCCACCGGCCUCAACCUCUGUCUGUCCCGUUUCAACCCUAAGCAAAUGAUGAUCCCUACCACAUUUCGUCGUCAACAAGUUGUAUCAGACAAUCAUAUCUACUGUGCUGCGUCGUCCACCGCACGCGUUUCUUGUUCGGAUCAGCCGAAUGACGGAAGGCGUUCGGCAAAUUACCAGCCGACUAUAUGGAACUACGAUUUCCUUCAGUCCUUAAACAAUGAUCAAGCCGAUGUCAUAUACAAAGAGAGAGCAGCGAAGUUAGAGCAGGAACUGAGGUUUGCUAUUAAUGACGAAGAUGCAGAGCCUGUGAACUUGCUUGAAUUGAUUGAUGACAUCCAACGGCUGGGGUUGGGGCAUCGCUUUGAGAUGGAUAUCGAUAGAGCCUUGCGGAAAUUUGUGUCUUCGGACGACGGCGGUGUCGCGAUGGAGGAUAAUCUGCAUGCAGCAGCUCUGAGAUUCAGGCUCCUCAGGCAACAUGGCUACGGGAUCUCUCAAGAUAUCUUUAAAUCUUUCAAGGACAAUAAGGGAAACUUCAAGGGAUGCCUUCAUAAGGAUGUCAAAGGAAUGUUGAGUUUGCAUGAAGCUUCACAUCUUGCCUUUGAAGGAGAAGAUCUUAUGGACGGAACCCUACAGUUUUCACGAAUGCAUCUCAGGGAUUUACAUGGAGUUAGUAGUUCCGAAAUAUGUUUAUUAGAACAGGUGAGCCACGCGUUGGAGCUCCCUUUGCAUCGUAGAAUGCUAAGGCUAGAAGCUCGGUGGUACAUCGAAACUUAUAGCAGAAGCGCUACGGUAAAUCCAACUCUACUCGAAUUAGCCAAGUUGGAUUUCAACAUGAUGCAAUCAACGCUUCGAGAAGAUCUUAAAGAGAUGACUAGAUGGUGGACAGGUACGGGGCUAGCGAGCAAGUUGAAUUUCGCAAGGGAUAGGAUCAUGGAAUGUUUCUUUUCGACUAUCGGACUGGUUCCGGAACCCAAAUUCAGGAAUUGUCGAAAAAAUAUAACCAAAGUGGCUUCCAUGGUAACUAUAAUCGAUGAUAUUUACGAUGUUUAUGGCACGAUGGAUGAACUCGAGUUAUUUACCGAUACUGUUCAAAGGUGGGAUGUAUGUACUGCGAAAAAUCUUCCCAAGUGUAUGGAGCUAUGCUUUCUUGCCCUGUAUAACUCUGUUAAUGAGAUGGCUUACGAAACUCUUAGAGAUCACGGACAAAACAUCAUCCCAUACUUAACAAAAGCGUGGACUGAUCUAUGCAAAACAUUCCUGAAAGAAGCAAAGUGGGAACACAGUAAACAUGUUCCAACAUUCCAAGACUAUCUUGACAAUGCAUGGAUAUCUGUGUCUGGACAUGUCUUUUUAGUACACGCCUACUUUUUACAAACUUCAAGCAUCACUGGCGAGACACUUGACAGCUUGGAACAAUACCAUGAUGUCCUUCGUUUUCCAUCCACUAUAUUUCGACUCUGCAAUGACUUGGGCACUUCAAAGGAUGAGUUGGAAAGAGGUGAAAAUGCGAACUCGAUAACAUGCUAUAUGAAGGAAACCGGUUGCUCGGAGAAUGUGGCUCGACAACAUAUAAGUGAUUUAAUCGACAGUUAUUGGAGAAAGAUGAAUAGAUGCCGAGUUGAUGGCUCCCCAUUUGCAAAACAAUUAUUAGAAACAGGUAUUAAUCUGGCUCGGAUUUCCCAAUGUAUAUACCAACAUGGAGAUGCCCAUGGAUGUCCAGAUAAUCUGUCUAAGAACCGAGUUCGAUCAUUGAUUGUUGACCCUAUUUCUAUCGACUAAGGAAUAGUUUCAUAAGUUGUGCA